AUGAUUGGUUUCCGCCCCCAAUUCUCCACACAAGACGUCCUCUUGCAACUCCACCACAACCUUCUCGAUCCGCCCACCUUCUCGGACACUAAGGCUCUCCUUAGCCUCGACCUUCACAAGGCGUUCGACAACGUCUUCCAUUUGGCUAUUCUUACCGAACUCGCCACCAUAAACCCCGGCUCUCGUACCUACCACUACAUUCGCUCCUUCCUCACAGCCCGCAUGGCCGAAAUCAUCGUGGGAGAUCUCUCGUCUCCCACGUGUGCGCUUGGAUCUCGUGGUACCCCGCAGGGCGCUGUCUUGUCGCCUUUCCUUUUCUAUCUCGCCCUUCGCUCACUUCCCGGCAAGCUCGACCGUAUCCCCGAUCUCAAACACACCCUGUACGCGGACGACGCAACUCUCUGGGUCACGUCUGGCUCCGACGGGCACAUUGAGCAGACGUUGCAACCCGCAACUGACGUCGUCACAAGUCACGUCCACGCGGCUUUUCGGGCAGCCAUUUCCAUCAAGCCGCUACCCAAGAAUAUGCUCGCGGGACACCACGACGCCUGUCGCCAAGCCCGUGCUGCCAUCUAUCACGCCAAGUACGCCGACCACCCGGCCAUCGCCUACGUGGAUGCGGCCCGAUACGCCUCGUCCGGGGACGCCUUCGCAGUCGUCUCCGUCUCGCCCUCGUCGGCACCCUCGGGGCCGGCAAUCACGGCCGCCCCCGUUCGAACGCCCUACGUAGUCGAGGCUGAGGAGGCGGCCAUCGCGUUAGCCGCCACCUCGACCGACGCCAGCGUCAUACGCUCCGACUCCAAGCACGCCAUGUCCAAUUUCGCCCGAGGUCUCGUCUCGCCUACCACCUUACGGCUCCUUCGCCCACUCCUACUGGAGGACGAACCGUGUCACAUUGAAUUGGUCUGGGUCCCCGCCCACUCGGGUCACCUCGGCAACGAGUCGGCUCACAAACACGCUCGAGGAUUCUUUGACCGAGCGGUGGGCCCCUCCGCAUCGGACGCCCCGGUGCCGAAGCCCCUGGUCACCUACCACGACAUUACCCAGCACUAUCGCCUCGAACGGUACGCCUACCCACCCCCACAUGGCAGUCUUCCCAAGCGGUCCGAGAUCACCUGA